UUCGUGACCGUCCCUGUGGGCAAUCUUUACAGUCGUAACCCCGCCCAAACCUGGCUGACUCUCCAACCACCCACUACAGGUUCUACGGCAGUCUUCCAUCCCCGCUUAAAUCCGCCUACUGAUGGCUCCGGGCCAUUUCUGGUCGACAGCACCUACCUCUCCUCGGAGACCCCGGGCAUUUCUAAGGGCAGUGGUGCCUAUUCCAGCGACUCCCGUGUGAAUCUCCAACUGCGCAUCAACGCUCGCUAUAAGUCCGUGGAUGUCCUUCCUCUCAGUGUCUAUUGGCCGCUGCACAGUGCCUGUAAACUUUUCCAGCAGCCAACACCCAUGUACUGUUUUCGUCUAUUCCCAUCCUAUACGAAGAACUAA